GAGAGCACGGAGCUGCCCGAGCGUGUCCUGGGACCCGCAGUGCCCCGCACAGACCCUCCCGACCCCGCACAGACCCCGCCGGCCCCGCUCCGUCCGCCCAUGGGCAACGCCGAGUCCGUCCCGCGCGGCGCCGCCGCUCCCGACACGAGCCACCCGCCCCGCUCGGUGCCCAGCCGUCCCUACUACAGCCUGCCCAACCAGAGCCAUGAGCGGCGCUCGGUGCUGGCCCUGGCGGAGCCACCGCGCUUCCACUCGCAGGCCAAGGGCAAGAACGUGCGGCUGGACGCGCACUCGCGCCGCGCCACGCGCAGGAACAGCUUCUGCAACGGCGUCACCUUCACCAACCGGCCCAUCCACCUGUACGAGAAGGUGCGCCUCAAGCUGGUGGCCGUGCACCACGGCUGGAGCGGCGCCCUGCGCUUCGGCUUCACCAUCCACGACCCCUCGCAGAUGAGCUCCGAGGAGAUACCAAAGUACGCCUGCCCCGACCUCGUCACCCGCCCCGGGUACUGGGCCAAGGCUCUGCCCGAGAGGUUUGCGGUCAGGGACAAUAUUUUGGCCUUCUGGGUGGACCGGCACGGCAGAGUCUUCUACAGCAUUAACGACGAGGAGCCCAUCUUGUUUCACUGUGGUAUUAAAGUCUCCGGGCCUCUUUGGGCCCUCAUAGACGUCUAUGGAAUUACCCACGAAGUGCAAAUUCUAGACAGCAUGUUUGCAGAGACCAUGAGCACUGCCCGGCUCAGCACCGCCCGCCUCAGCACCUGCCUUCCCCAGAGCAACCACGACUCGGCCAACUUCAACAACAACGAGCUGGAGAACAACCAGGUGGUGGCCAAGAUUGCAAACCUAAACCUGAGCCGGGUGCCAGGACUUGGGAGCGACAACCACAUCAUCCCCUGCUGCCCCAGCCGGCGGCAGCACGCCCAGGGAGUGCCGGCGUUCCUGGACACCGACCUGCGCUUCCACCCCACGCGCGGCCCCGACGUCACCUUCUCCCAGGACAGGAUGGUGGCCUGCACCAACUGGCAGGAGAGCAAUAGGACUUUGGUGUUCUCUGACCGGCCUUUGCACAUCGGGGAGAGCCUCUUUGUGGAAGUGGGACACCUCGGGCUGCCCUACUACGGGGCGCUGUCGUUCGGCAUCACCUCGUGUGAUCCGAGCACUUUGCGGACAAACGAGCUCCCAGCGGAUCCGGAUUUUCUCCUGGACCGUAAGGAGUACUGGGUGGUUUAUCGGGCGUUCCCUGUGCUCAGCAGUGGUGACAUCCUCAGCUUCAUGGUCCUGCCCAACGGGGAGGUGCACCACGGGGUCAACGGCGCCAGCCGGGGCAUGCUCAUGUGCGUGGACACCUCCCAGUCCCUCUGGGUGUUUUUUACAAUCCACGGUGUGAUCAACCAGCUCAAAAUCCUGGGCACGGUGCAGUCCAGCCCAGGGACGGUGUCUCCCUCAGGAUCCCCCGGUGGCUCCCAGUACGACAGCGACUCGGACGUGGCCUUCAGCGUCAACAGGUCCUCAUCAGCCUCCGAGUCCUCGCUGGUGACUGCCCCCAGCUCCCCUCUGAGCCCCCCCAUCUCUCCCGUCUUCUCCCCUCCGGAGCCGUCGAGCAGCAAGAACGGCGAGUGCACCGUGUGCUUCGACAGCGAGGUGGACACGGUCAUCUACACCUGCGGACACAUGUGCCUCUGCAACACCUGCGGUCUUAAGCUGAAGAAGCAGCUCAACGCCUGCUGCCCCAUCUGCAGGAGGGUCAUCAAGGAUGUGAUUAAAAUCUACCGCCCCUAGGGGCUGCGGGACGGGGAACGCCGCUCGCCACGCUCGCCUUUCCGUCCCUGCUUAUGGGUUAUCGUGCUGGUCAGUCGUUAUCAAGUGGCUCGUUAUCUGUGUUUCCUUAUUUGACUGGUAGGGCACAAUUCAGGGAGCAAAGCUGAGGAUUGUGCUGGUCAGGCUGAGCCAGGAGCUGAGCCAGCUGCGAAUGAGAAAUUUUCCCAUGCUAAAGCUCCUUUUUUCCCUCCUCCUGCCGCGGGGGAGGCUCGGCUCGGCGUGGGGAGGUUGCCAGGUGCCACUGGGUUUCCCCACCCUAAAACCCGACAGCUCUGGGCUGCUGCUGCCAGGGGAUUGUGCUGUGGUGGAGCAAAACUGGGAUGAGCCCAGCAGGAGGGUUCAGAGUGGACAGAAGGGAUCUGGAAAUAUCAUGCAAGGAGAACUAGCUCAGGCCGAAUAGUGGCACUGCCAGGUUGUCACUUAUUGGGGUUCUGUCCUCAUGAACAGGCUCGUGGGGACAUGGAGGAGCUGCUCUGGGUUAGAUAAAGCAGGUUUUUCUUUCUGUGGCAGCACAGGGAGUUCUGCCCAUGGGGGCUGAGAGCCAGGGAGCUGCCCCUGCAGGCAGUGGGGAGCCCAGGCAGCCCCUGCAGGGCUGGAGCUGUAGGGGCAGCUCGGGCACUGCCCUGCUGCCUUCUGAAGCCAUAAGCUGCAGCCUGUGCAGCACAGGGCUGCUUGGCUGGGCACUCUGCACCCAUGGCACACUGCAGGGAUGGGGUUUGUCACCCCCAGGACCAGCCCCUGCUCUUUGCUCUGCCCUCCUGUGACAGCUGUGUCACCCUGUCCUGGCUGUCACCUGUGCCAGACCUGUGCAGCCGCUGCCAUGGCAGGGCUCAGCCCUUCCUCCCGCCCCACCACGGGGAUUUUUUGGAGGCUCUGGUGAGAAAUUCAUUUCUGACCCAGUCCCAUCAGGCUCACCUUUAUUUCUGGGGACUGGAUGUGCUGAUUUCACCUGUUCUUUCUCCAGCCUCUGCAGGUUUCCCAGCACGCUGGGUCUCAACUGUGGAUGAGACCUUGUUGAGAAAAACAGGGACUCUCUCACUUGGCUUUACUUAGGGGGAAAGAAAAAGGCUCUGAGGCUGAAUUAAAAGGUAAAUGGGUUUUGGGUGUAAUGCCAGCUACAGGCAGCACCUGAUUGUGCAGCUGGUGUGAGGAGCUCAGCAUCCUCCUCCCUGCUGCUCUCCACCUCCACCCUCUGCCCAUUGCACAGCCCCUGUCCUGUCCUUCAGCCCAAGCCUGGCCAAUUUCCAGCUGUUCCAGGCUCAUAAAGAGAGGAAAAAAAGAGAUGGAAAUGGGAGGAUGAGAGGGGCUGUCACUGCAGCUCGGUGACCAAGUGUGUGAGAACAGCUUUUCAGAAAGGUGCAAUUACCAAUUACCACACUGGAGUCUGGAAAAAGGGGAAAAAAUGGCACAAUAACUCCUGUACAUUUCAGGGCUUCUGGGCACAGAGGGAGCCCGAGGGAUGUCUGGCUGUUCCCUCUCUCCCCCAGGGCUGUGGGUGCCUGGUGCUGCUGCCCAGGGGGUUUGGGUACAGCCCUGUGCCACGCUGCCAUCGGGGAGGGCACAGCCAGGCAGCAGCUCACAGCCUGUGCUCACAGGACACCCAGAAACCUUUUGAUUUUCCCUUGGAGAGCUGAUGAACGUUUUCAUUGAGUGCAUCAACGAGAGGCUGCUGUGGAGCCAGAGCUCUGAGCCUGGCAUGAGCUUUGCUGAGCCCUUUCUGGUGCCACUGGCUGAUGCAGCAGAGCCACUGCUCCUUUCCCUGCCACCUUGGGCACCUUCCCUGCACCUGCAGCUUCUCUGCUGCCCCCACCCCAGGCUCUGGGAGCUCCCAGCCCCACGUGGGGCAGUGGGCACAGCACCAAGGGGUGUGCCAGCCCUGGGAAGCCUUUCCACGGGGAGGAAUUCAAGGAAAACUGUGGGAAUUCCCACCUGGAAUUUGCCAGAUGCCCUUUGCCUCCAUCAGCAGGGUGGGUGAAGCCUGGGUGGGUUGUUUUUUAUUUUUUGGUGUAGCUCUGUUUUGUAUUUUUAAGCCAGCAAGGAGAAACACCAAAUCCACCCCAGGAGCUGUUCAGGACACGUUGAAGAGGCUGAAUUUUUGCUGUAGCAGCCAAAACCAGUUUGCAAGAAGGGGCAGCACCCAGUGAGGCCAGCAAGGGAAACGAUGGGAUGGGACAGCAGUGGACUUGUGGCCCUGCCUAUCUAAGAGCAACAGGAAUUUUCCAAAAUAGGCCUCAAAAAAAAAAAAAAAAUUAAAAAAAUA